AUGGCCAGUACCACCAAUUUAGAUCAGACUGCUCCUCAUAUAGCUCUCUUUCCGACUGCCGGAAUGGGCCAUUUGAUGCCAUUCCUUCGCUUAGCUUCCAUGCUAGCGACCCGCAACUGCACAAUAACUCUCAUCACCGCGCAGCCCACAGUCUCAGCAGCAGAAUCAAACCAAUUGUCACGCUUUUUCGCCAGCCAUGAAAAUAUCAGGGGCCUCCAAUUCCAACUCCUUCCCUACAAACCAUCCACCGACAUUGAUCCUUUCUUUGCUCAAUUCAUAUCCAUUAGCAACUCAGUUCAUCUUCUUCAUCCACUCCUAUCUGACAUAUCCCCUCCUCUUUCUGCCAUCAUCACGGAUUUUACUAUAGCAAGCAGUGUCUGUAAAAUUGCUACUGAUCUUUCCGUUCCCACUUAUAUACUCAUCACUACUUCUGCUAGAUUUUUCUCUCUUAUGGCCUGCCAUUCUCAGCUAGUAGAAAACAAUCCCAAAAAUGGCGGCGAUGAAGGCAUAGACAGCAUUGAACUUCCAGCUGGUUUAGCUCCAAUGCCACUGUCAAGUAUUCCUCCCCCUUUCUUUAACCCAAAUCACUACUUUUCAACCAUUAUAAGUUCAAAUUCUACAUCUUUUUCGAAAGUGAGUGGUAUACUGGUGAACACCUUUGAUUGGUUCGAGUCAAAAACAAUUGAGGUACUGAAUAGUGGAACGGUAGUGCAAGAUCUAGCACCCAUUCUCCCUGUCGGACCUCUUGAGUCUUUUAAGGCUGAACAGGCCAUUGAUCUUCCAUGGCUAGACAAUCAACCAGCAAAGUCCGUACUCUUCAUAAGCUUCGGAAGUCGGACAGCUUUAUCAAAAGAUCAGUUAAGAGAAUUGGGCACUGGACUAGAAAUAAGUGGGUGCAGAUUCUUGUGGAUAUUGAAAGGCAGCGAAGUUGAUACACAAGACAAGGAAGCAAUUGAGGAUAUACUAGGUGAAUCAUUUCUUGAAAGAACAAAGAAUAAGGGACUGGUUAUUAAAGGGUGGGUCAACCAAGACCAGAUUUUAGCACAUCCAGCAAUUGGAGGAUUCUUGAGCCAUUGCGGGUGGAACUCAGUAAUGGAAGCAGCCAGAUUAGGGGUGCCCAUAUUAGCUUGGCCACAGCAUGGAGACCAAAGGGUUAAUGCACAAGUGGUGGAAAAUGCCGGCUUGGGGUUGUGGGCUAGGGAUUGUUUUUGGGAGAAAAUGUUGGUUAACGGAGAAGAAAUAGCAGAGAAAAUCCGAGAGAUUAUGCGAGGCGAAAAUUUGUUCAAGGCAAGUGAGGUGGGGGAAAAAGCUCGACAGGCUCAUGGAAUUGGUGGGAGUUCAGACCAGGUAAUUCAGGGCAUCAUUGAAACAUUGAAGAAAAAGAAAUAA